GUUCCUUUACAGCAAAAAGGUUGUGUUGCGGGGUUUUAUUACGAAAAUGUAACCUCUGGCACAACAAUUAUGAGACUCGGGGUCACCGGGGAUGACACACCUUCGAGAGCCGCACGUCUUCCGCCUCUUUAUCACAACUGUGGCUUCCCUUCUCCUCCGAUAGGAAGCCCGAAUGCCGGACUCUUCUUGUCAAUCGCUGUGUUAAGUGGAUUAAAAAGAGUUGAUAUGUGCCGUAUCAACAAGCGUUGCGCUGGCAUGUUAUUGCAAUACCUUGACGGUCACACUACGAUCCUCGGUCAGUGGCACUCUUCUCCUCCCUCGCAGCAGUCUUGCAUAUAUAACAAU